AUGGCCUCUCCUGUCCCCCGCGGUAUCCGUCAGGUCCUUCAGAAGUCCCCCUCGGACAUUGUCAUCCUCUCCUCGCUUCGUACGCCCGUCACCCGUGCGAAGAAGGGUGGCUUCAAGGAUGCCUACCCCGAAGAGCUCCUCGCCCACGAGCUGGGUGGCGCAAAGGCUGGCCGUAUGGCUCAGAUCCACGCCGGUUUCCCUCACACCGUUCCUUUCCACACUAUCAACCGGCAGUGCUCGUCUGGUCUGGCCGCCAUCACGGCCAUCGCCAACGGCAUCCGUGCCGGUGCCAUCAACGUCGGUAUCGGUGGUGGUAUGGAGUCCAUGACGCGCAACUACGGCUCUCGCGCCAUCCCAACGGUCCUCUGGCCGGAGCUGAAGGAGUCCCCGUCCCAGGACUCCCGCGACUGCAUCAUGCCCAUGGGCAUCACCUCGGAGAACGUUGCCUCUCGCUACGGCAUCAACCGCGCCGACCAGGACGCCUUCGCCGCUGAGUCCCACAAGAAGGCCACCGCCGCCCAGAACGCCGGUCUGUUCGAUGCGGAGAUCGUCCCCGUCACGACCAAGUCCUUCGACCCCGAAAACCCCGAGGCGCCGCCCAAGGAGAUCACCGUGACCAAGGAUGACGGUGUGCGCCCCAACAUCUCCGUGGAGAAGAUGGCCAGCCUGAAGCCCGCCUUCUCGCCCACCGGCAGCAGCACCGCUGGAAACAGCUCGCAAGUCAGCGACGGUGCGGCGGCGACGCUUCUGAUGCGUCGUUCCACCGCCACUGAGCUCGGCCUGACCUCGUCUAUCAAGGGUCGCUGGGUCGGCACCGCCGUGGCCGGCUGCGCUCCCGAUGAGAUGGGUGUCGGUCCUGCGGUGGCCAUCCCCAAGCUGCUCCAGCUCCUGGACGUCAACGUGUCUGAUGUCGGUAUCUGGGAAAUCAACGAGGCGUUCGCUUCUCAGGCGCUCUACUCGGUCCGCAAACUCGGCAUUGAUGAGGCCAAGGUCAACCCCAAGGGUGGUGCGAUUGCCAUCGGCCACCCUCUGGGAGCCACUGGUGCCCGUCAGCUCGCCACUCUGCUCCCUGAGAUGGAGCGUACUGGCCAAGAAGUCGGAGUUGUGAGUAUGUGUAUUGGAACUGGUAUGGGCAUGGCUGGCAUGUUUGUUCGGGAGUAA